CUUGCUGUCAUGUCAUUGUCAGACGAAAAACAAUGUGAGUGUGUGCGAUAGUGAUAAAAAUGAAAAAUAUGUCUAAGUCCAAAAGUUGAUCUUAGUUAGAUUUUAUGUGAUUAUUAAUUCAUCUUUACCACCUAGUGUUUAGGCAAUUGAAUACUAAGGUAACAACGAUGACACACGUUGAGAAACGCCAGGCUCGACCAGGAAAGGAGACUAUUCAUUCAGGGCAUUUUAUGGUGUCGCAUUUUGAAGCAGAAGCUCAAGAUGAAUUUGACGAUUUGGCAGUACCUGUUCCAGACGAAGAACAGAACAUUCAAAAAGUGUCUGUGGUUACAACUUACACCGUACCUGGCACGAAAGAACAAUUCACUCCCUCAGACAAAAUCGUGACCAAACAACAUCAACAGCUUUCUAUCGAAAUAUCGCUUACAAAAUUAUUCAAAUGUAUGACUUUAGCUUACAGACAAAAACUAACCUCUCCAAAAUGGAAUCGUUUCAAAGGUAUAAAACUCCGGUGGAAGGACAAAAUCAGACUGAACAAUGUUAUAUGGAGAUGUUGGCACAUGCAAUUUAUAAAGAAGCAAAAUACCCUGGUGUGCCAGUUCGCUUCACCGUUAGACGUUGACACUCACGUAAAACCAGAGACAACAAUAUUAGAAGGCAAAUAUUGGAAACGAAGAGCCGAAGCAGUAAUCGCAGAAUAUAAAAAAUGGCGCAUGUUUCAUAUAAUGCGGCUCCUCGGCAAGGGGGACACCGCCGUUCAGGAUACGAUAUCGGACAUGGACACGGUGGAGUCGUUCUCGCAAUGCAGCGACCUCGCGGGCAACAUGUUAACAGACGAGGACUACCUCAGCUUCAUGAGUGACACUCUGUUCUCGACCAUCACCAACCACCAACCUUUCGCGUUCCCCGACUGCAGGGAGAUUGCAAGAGGUGCUAGCUUAGCUGACUUCAUUCAGCCGAGCUUAGGUCCUUUGCAACCUAACCUCGAUGAUUUUAUGGACACAUUGGAACCACUCCAAGAACUUCUGUCGUCAACGCCCCGCCUGCCUCCCGUGCCCGAGGAGAGCGCGCUCCCGGCCGAGGAGGCGCUGUACCGGGGCGGAGGCAUGUCCGUGGACUCGUACCAGCAGGGCUACCUCGGCAGCUCGCCCGCCGCCAUGCCCACCAGCCAGAUGACUAUACAUGGCACAAGCAACAAUACUCAAAUGUUAAUGUCAGAGGAGUCGAUCAAGAACGAGCAACAGAUGCGCGCGUACGAGGGCUCGCGAAUGUUCGCGCAGGGCGAGAUGCAGGGCAUGAUGGGCGCGGAGCUGAUGCCUCAGUACGGGUAUGAGCCGGCGCCGGCGCCCGACGCGCCGCUGCAGCCCUACGCGGGCAAAGCGCGGCUGCAGCACGUGGCGGCGCCCAAGAUCGUCACGCAGCCCGACUCCUACUACAAGUAUACUGCAGCGGUGCCGCCGUCCCAAACAGCGCCGGAGACAGUGACGCUUCUCCAACAGCCGCUGCCGAGUUCAAAGUACGCGUCCACCCUCGUGCUGCAAGGGCGCGGCUACCCGCGAUCGAGCGACAAGCGGCGGCCGCACUACGCGCCCGCGCCGCCUGCGCCGCCGCCCGCGCCGCCUUACCAGCCCUACCCGCAGCAGAUGUCGAGCCAGCCGAGCUACGAGGCGCGGCCGCGGCCGGCGGCGCCCAUGCAAUACCUGCCGGCGCCCGAGGCCUACAAGCCGAAGCCCGCGGCGCCCAACCAGCGCUCCUUCAAGAUGCCCUCGCCUCCUCUCGUGGCAGCUACCUCACAGCAGGUGUCAGGCGCCGGCAGCUCAGGGCAGGCUGGUAGCAGCUCGGGCAGCCCGGGCCGCAAGGAGCAGUUCCGCUCGCACAGCCUGCCGCUAGGCGCGCAGCUCAACGCCGACUGGUCGCUCAGCGCGCCCGCCCACGCCCACGCGCCGCCCCACGCCCACGAUACGCACUCGAGGCAUACCGCCAGGGCCCGCGAGAGCACGCCGAGCGCGCUGCGCAUGCGCUCUCGCUCGCAGUCGGGCGGCGGCGAGGCGGGCGCGCGGCCGCCGCUCAACAGCGUGGCGUCCGAGCCCAGCCUGCCGCAGGCCAGCGUCAUGCUCGCGCAGCUGCUCUCCGCGCAGCACUCUAAAAGCGUGUACAAAAUGGGGAGUAAUGAGGAAGUCGCCGGAGGAUCGGAUCCGAAGUCCCCAAUUCGGAAAGGCCAGCCCUCGCCUAUCGGCAGUGAUAUAAUGUCACCACAUCCGUCGCUGUCGCCGCCCACGUCGCCGGGCUCGCCGCGCGCUGGCUCCCCGCGCGAGCCGCGCCGCACGCACCUGCACGCCGAGCAGAAGCGCCGCUACAACAUCAAGAACGGCUUCGACACGCUGCAGGCGCUCAUCCCGCACCUCAACGCCAACCCCGCCGCCAAGGUAGCUAUAAUGACUGGCCUAAUGUUAUAUUAUAAGCCGCGCCGCACGCACCUGCACGCCGAGCAGAAGCGCCGCUACAACAUCAAGAACGGCUUCGACACGCUGCAGGCGCUCAUCCCGCACCUCAACGCCAACCCCGCCGCCAAGGUAGCUAUAAUGACUGGCCUAAUGUUAUAUUAUAAGCCGCGCCGCACGCACCUGCACGCCGAGCAGAAGCGCCGCUACAACAUCAAGAACGGCUUCGACACGCUGCAGGCGCUCAUCCCGCACCUCAACGCCAACCCCGCCGCCAAGGUAGCUAUAAUGACUGGCCUAAUGUUAUAUUAUAAGCCGCGCCGCACGCACCUGCACGCCGAGCAGAAGCGCCGCUACAACAUCAAGAACGGCUUCGACACGCUGCAGGCGCUCAUCCCGCACCUCAACGCCAACCCCGCCGCCAAGGUAGCUAUAAUGACUGGCCUAAUGUUAUAUUAUAAGCCGCGCCGCACGCACCUGCACGCCGAGCAGAAGCGCCGCUACAACAUCAAGAACGGCUUCGACACGCUGCAGGCGCUCAUCCCGCACCUCAACGCCAACCCCGCCGCCAAGGUAGCUAUAAUGACUGGCCUAAUGUUAUAUUAUAAGCCGCGCCGCACGCACCUGCACGCCGAGCAGAAGCGCCGCUACAACAUCAAGAACGGCUUCGACACGCUGCAGGCGCUCAUCCCGCACCUCAACGCCAACCCCGCCGCCAAGGUAGCUAUAAUGACUGGCCUAAUGUUAUAUUAUAAGCCGCGCCGCACGCACCUGCACGCCGAGCAGAAGCGCCGCUACAACAUCAAGAACGGCUUCGACACGCUGCAGGCGCUCAUCCCGCACCUCAACGCCAACCCCGCCGCCAAGAUUAGCAAAGCUGCAAUGUUACAAAAAGGCGCCGAAUAUAUCAAACAAUUGAAAGCUGAGAGGAAUCAAAUAAAAGAAGAAAUGGAAAGUCUUCGGCAACAAACAGAAAGUUUAAAUAACUCAAUAUCCAACUGCCACUCGCUGCUGCCGGCGACGGGCGCGCCGGUGUCGCGCGCGCGCGCCGGCCGCCUGCGCGAGAUGUUCGCGCGCCACGUGGCCAACCGCACCAUGCACAACUGGAAGUAUUGGCUCUUUAGCGUGGUAGCCGCGGCGCUGGUGGACUCGUUCAGCGCAUGCGUGUCGUGCGGCAGCGGCGCCGACCUCGUGCGCACCACGCUGCUGUGGGCCGAGCAGCACUGCUCGCUCGUGGAGAUGAGACCAGGUGAGAUAUGAGCUUUAUGUUCCUUAGCGCAAGGUUCAGUUUAGCGUGGCAGCCGCGGCGCUGGUGGACUCGUUCAGCACAUGCGUGUCGUGCGGCAGCGGCGCCGACCUCGUGCGCACCACGCUGCUGUGGGCCGAGCAGCACUGCUCGCUCGUGGAGAUGAGACCAGGUGAGAUUUGAGCUUUAUGUUCCUUGGAGUAAGGUUCAGUUUAGCGUGGCAGCCGCGGCACUGGUGGACUCGUUCAGCGCAUGCGUGUCGUGCGGCAGCGGCGCCGACCUCGUGCGCACCACGCUGCUGUGGGCCGAGCAGCACUGCUCGCUCGUGGAGAUGAGACCAGGUGAGAUAUGAGCUUUAUGUUCCUUAGCGCAAGGUUCAGUUUAGCGUGGCAGCCGCGGCGCUGGUGGACUCGUUCAGCACAUGCGUGUCGUGCGGCAGCGGCGCCGACCUCGUGCGCACCACGCUGCUGUGGGCCGAGCAGCACUGCUCGCUCGUGGAGAUGAGACCAGGUGAGAUUUGAGCUUUAUGUUCCUUGGAGUAAGGUUCAGUUUAGCGUGGCAGCCGCGGCACUGGUGGACUCGUUCAGCGCAUGCGUGUCGUGCGGCAGCGGCGCCGACCUCGUGCGCACCACGCUGCUGUGGGCCGAGCAGCACUGCUCGCUCGUGGAGAUGAGACCAGGUGAGAUGUGAGCUUUAUGUUCCUUGGAGUAAGGUUCAGUUUAGCGUGGCAGCCGCGGCACUGGUGGACUCGUUCAGCGCAUGCGUGUCGUGCGGCAGCGGCGCCGACCUCGUGCGCACCACGCUGCUGUGGGCCGAGCAGCACUGCUCGCUCGUGGAGAUGAGACCAGGUGAGAUAUGAGCCUUAUGUUCCUUGGAGUAAGGUUCAGUUUAGCGUGGUAGCCGCGGCGCUGGUGGACUCGUUCAGCGCAUGCGUGUCGUGCGGCAGCGGCGCCGACCUCGUGCGCACCACGCUGCUGUGGGCCGAGCAGCACUGCUCGCUCGUGGAGAUGA